UGGCAACCUCGGCUACAAGCGUAACACGAAGAAGAGAAGAACUUCCCGAGGUCAAAGGUAACCGUCGUAUUUGAAAACAUGGAUCCCAACAAAGUCGAGGAAGGUAGCAGCUUUUUGCUGUCAAACGUCUCAUCGGGUAAAAUGAGUGGUGAUGGAGGGAUUGCAUCUGUCAUGGGAUUCUCUGGGUUUGGUAAGAAAGCCCGCACGUUUGACCUGGAUGCCAUUUUUGAACAGACUCGACGAACAGCCAUUGAGAGGAGUCAGCGUGUAUUAGUGGAUCGGCAGAAGGACACUCAGAUGGAGGAAGAAGGGGAGAGCUCCAAGUCCAUCAAGUCAUCAGUCAAAACUCAGAGGGAUAAAGCUGCAGCGUCUACUUCCAGGAAACAGGAGAGUGACAGCAGCAGUGACAGUGACUCCGACUCAGACUCAGACUCAGGCUCAGAGAUUGGGCCUCCGGUACCUCGUCAACAUAUAGCCCAGGAGAAUGAUGAUGAGCUUGUGGGACCACCUCUUCCACCAGGUUACACAGGCAGCACGGCUCACAGUGAUGAUGAUGAUGAUGGGGAGGCACAAGAUGACGAUGAUGAUAAUCCAGUGAAGAAGAUUCCAGACACUCAUGAGAUCACUCUGCAGCACGGCACCAAGACAGUGUCAGCUCUGGGCUUAGACCCCUCUGGAGCCCGUCUGGUGACGGGUGGAUAUGAUUAUGAUGUUCGUUUCUGGGAUUUUGCUGGGAUGGACCAGGCUCUGCAGGCCUUCAGGUCCCUGCAGCCUUGUGAGUGCCAUCAGAUCAAGUCCCUGCAGUACAGCAUCACUGGUGAUGUCAUCCUGGUGGUUUCUGGUAACGCACAGGCCAAGGUGUUGGACCGUGAUGGCUUCAAUGUCAUGGAGUGUGUGAAGGGAGACCAGUACAUUGUGGAUAUGGCUAACACCAAGGGCCACACAGCUAUGCUGAAUUGUGGCUGCUGGCAUCCCAAGAUUAAAGAAGAGUUCAUGACCUGCUCCAAUGAUGGCACUGUGCGCACAUGGGACUUGAACUCGGAGAAGAAGCACAAGUCUGUGUUUAAACCCCGCUCCCACCAGGGAAAGAAGGUCACACCCACAUGCUGCACCUACAGCCGUGAUGGGAAGCUCAUUGCAGCAGGCUGCCAAGAUGGCACCAUCCAGAUCUGGGACAGAAACCUCAGCGUCCAUACAAAAUUCCACUGUCGGCAAGCACACACUCCAGGAUCAGACACCUCCUGCCUCUCCUUUUCUUAUGAUGGCAUGAUGCUCGCUUCACGUGGAGGUGAUGACACUCUGAAGAUGUGGGAUAUACGCAACUUCAGGAAGCCUGUGAAUGUAGCUACUGGAUUGACCAACUACUUUGCCAUGACUGACUGCUGUUUUAGCCCAGAUGACAAGCUUCUUGUAAGUGGGACGUCAGUGAAGAAAAAUGAGGGAAAUGGGAAACUGGUUUUCUUUGACCGAGCUUCCUUUCAGAGAGUCUAUGAAAUAGAAGUCACCAAUGCAAGUGUUGUCCGCUGUCUUUGGCACCCAAAACUCAACCAGAUAAUGGUGGGAACUGGGGAUGGACUGGCCAAGGUCUACUAUGAUCCUGUCAAAAGCCACAGAGGGGCAAAGCUAUGUGUAGUGAAGAGCAAACGAAAAGAGAAACAAGCAGAGACGCUAACGCAAGAUUACAUCAUCACACCUCAUGCCUUACCCAUGUUCAGAGAGGCCCGACAGCGGAGUACACGAAAACAGCUGGAGAAGGACAGACUUGACCCCAAGAAGUCCCACAAACCCGAGCCGCCUGUGUCCGGACCAGGUCGUGGAGGCAGAGUAGCAGCUCAUGGUGGCACUCUGUCUUCAUUCAUUGUGAAGAACAUUGCUCUGGAUAAAACAGAUGACAGUAACCCACGAGAAGCCAUCUUACGUCACGCCAAGGACGCUUCAGAUAACCCUUACUGGGUUGCCCCGGCAUACACACAGACACAGCCAGUGCCUGUGUUUGCAGAGGAAUCAGAGGAAGAUGAGGAAGCUGACAAGGAACCAGAGUGGAAGAAACGGAAGAUCUGAGAGGCUUCAAAAGCAGCUCAUUUUAGAUAGGAUAGUUUACAGGGUGGGCUUGUGGUUGGAUAUACAGCACCGUUACCACAAGGUCUCGGGGUCAAUCCCAGAAUACUGAGUUUCUGUCAGAAACUCUGCAUAGGAGCAUCAGUUACUGUCCUAAAUUGUACAGUCUUUGUCCUCCAUCCUGGAAUUUUUUUUUAAGUGUAUAUGUAUGUAUAUGCAUGCUGUUGUGUUAGGGGGAAGCAUAUAAAUGUACAACCAUAAUAAUUUUAACUGCGUUCAUUUUCCUCUCAUAGCAAAUUCAUCAACCACUGGAAGAAUUUUGAUUUUUAUGUCUGUUUCGAUUGUAUGGGCUUUAUUUUCAUAAUUUCUAUUGUCCUCUCCGACCACAUCUCCAGAGUUUGCUAAUGCCUCAUAAAUCAGCACCAGAUUUUGUGGUCUGGUUCUGUUCAUCAGCUAUGAGGAACAGUUUGCUAGUUUGUAAAAAGUAAAUUGCAAAGAAAUACAAAAAUUUCAGCCAGUUUUAA